AAGAAACAUUGCAAAGUAACUUUGAAGAAGAUCCAAUAGACCUAUCUCUUAAUGAUAACCUCGUUGAAGUGUUCGCACUGGCAAUUGAGGAUAUAUUAGAACCAAUACCGACCAAUAGCAGUGUUGUCCAAAUUGUAAAGGAAACUUACAACAUUGCCCCAUUACAAACACUAAAUAGAAAAGAUAAGAAAAGAGGUUAUUUUCGUGAUUACAAAGACCCCAAUAUGCAAUGUUGGUGUGAUGAAAACCUAUAUUCCCCCAAAGAAGUAGCCAAGAGUUAUUGGCCUACGCCGUAUAAAGAUGAUGAAUUUGAUGAGGAAUUCAAUCCUCACCUUUAUGGAACCUAUUUACUAAGUGAUUAUGAUCCAGAUAAAAACAUUAAAUUAGUCUUCCCUGAACAAGAAUCUGACCAAGCCGAGAAUAGAGAUCGAGUGGAACUAGCUACAAUACCUUGGUAG